CCUGUUUGCCGUUGUUUUGAAGUUGAGUCCACUUAACAGAUUUUUGGAGCAACGGACGGACGGACGGUGGAAACCGAGGCUUUUAGCAGGAAAAUCCCUGAAGGAGGAAGACGACUUCAGCUUCCACCUGGAGGGAGCUGAGCCUUCAUCAACGGCAUUCCUGUCCUCAUCGUCAGUCAUGGCAGGGGUUCUUGGCAGGAUGACGGAAACUCAGUUCAUUAACUACGAAGACCUGGAUCUGAAUUUCAUGCCGUGUGAAUACAUCCCUCCGGUGGAGAUAAAGACCGAACCGUACUUACCUGAAACAGCUCACGGUCCUUACAUUCAGAUCAUCGAGGAGCCCAAACAGAGGGGCUUCCGCUUCCGAUAUGAAUGUGAGGGUCCUUCACACGGAGGGCUUCCGGGGGCCUCCAGUGAGAAGAACAGGAGGACCUACCCAACCGUAAAGAUUAAUAACUACAUGGGUCACGCCCGGGUGGAGGUGCAGCUGGUGACCCACACCGACCCCCCUCGAGUCCACGCCCACAGUCUGGUGGGACGUCACUGCACGGAGAGCGGCACCUGCAUGCUGGACAUCGGGCCCAACGACCUCACUGCCUCGUUCAGUAACCUGGGAAUCCUCCAUGUGACCAAGAAAGGUGUGGUGGAGGUUUUGACCAGAAGGCUUCGAGAAGAGAGGAAGAGACAGAAAGGAGCACACUAUCACAUAACAGAUGCUGAAGAAGCUUCCAUCCUGAAGGAGGCUAAGGAGCUGGGCAAGACCAUGGACCUUAACAUCGUCAGACUCAGGUUCACCGCCUACCUGCAGGACAGUGACGGCGGCUUCACCAGGGCACUUAAACCCGUCGUGUCCAAUCCCAUCUACGACAGCAAAUCUCCAAACGCCUCCAACUUGAAGAUCUCCCGGCUGGAUAAGACGUGCGGUUCGGUUCUCGGAGGAGACGAGAUCUUCCUGCUGUGUGAUAAAGUUCAGAAAGAUGACAUUGAGAUCCGAUUCUUUGAGGAUGAAGAGGACGGAUGCUGGGAGGCGUUCGGGGACUUCUCACCCACUGACGUCCACAAACAGUACGCCAUCGUCUUCAAAACGCCGGCCUAUCACAGCACGGAUAUCGACCGUCCCGUCACCGUCUUCCUGCAGCUGAGGAGGAAGAAGGCCGGCGACAGCAGCGACCCCAAACAGUUCACCUACAUCCCACAGGUCCAAGACAAAGAGGAGGUGCUGAGGAAGAAGCAGAAGCCUCUGCCUCACUACGAGUCCUGGAGAGGAGGAGGAGCAGGAAGAGGGGGAGGAGCUGGAGGAUUUGGUGGAGGAGGAGGAGGAGGAGGAUUUCAGUUCCCCCAUCAGAUGAAUGGAGGCAGCGGAGGAGGAGGAACUUUUUUCUCAGGCGACUUCACAGGCUUCGUAGGCGGAGGAGCUCAGAUGUCAGGCUCCGCCCCUCCGACAGGUGUCCCCCAGCAGCAGGGCGGACGACCGACGGGCUCGCCGCUGCAGCAGCAGCUGCUUCAGAUCGCCGCCAGCCUCAGCAGCAGAGUGUCUCAGAGCGCCCGGCAGACUGCCGCCACCCUGCUGCAGUACUGUAGCACCGGGGACGUCUGUGUCCUCCUCGCCCUCCAGAGACACCUGUGUGGCAUCCAGGACACCAACGGAGACACCCCACUACACCUGGCCAUCAUCCACCAGCAGACCGGUGUGAUCCAGCAGCUGAUCCACACUCUGCUCAGCAGCCAGCAGCAGAGCAUCCUGAACACCAGCAACCACCUGCAACAGACUCCUCUCCACCUGGCGGUGAUCACCAGACAGAUGAAGGUGGUAGAGGUGUUGCUGAGGGCGGGGGCCGACCCCAGCCUGCCCGACAAAGAUGGCCGUAGCCCGCUUCACCUGGCAGCGCUGGCCGGAGACAACAACACACUCCAGCUCCUGCUGGCUCACCUGGGAGAACGCUACGCCCACCUGGUCAGCACCCCCGACUACCACGGUCUUCAGCCUCUCCACCUGGCCGUGAGGAGGGACGGCGAGCGCUGCCUCCGUCUGCUGGUGGAGGGCGGAGCCAACGUAGACGCACCUGAGCAGAAGAGCGGGAAUACGGUACUGCACCUGGCGGUCAAAGAAAACCUGUUCAAGGUGGCCUGCAUGCUCAUCACAGAGCUGAAAGCCGACGUGGACGCCUGCACGUUCGGAGGAAACACACCGCUGCACCUGGCUGCCAGCGUGGGCUCGCCGACACUCUGCUCCAUGCUGAUUGCUGCAGGUGCCGACAAGAACCUGGAGAACGACGAGCCGCUGUUCCUCAGCUCCUCAUCAGAUGAAGAGCAGGACCAGGAUGAACCAAUCAGAGAGCCACAAGCUGCCUCACAGCCAAUCACACGCAAGAGACCAGCAGGACACACCCCUCUGGACCUCGCCACCUGCCAGAAGGUGAGGAACUUGUUAAACUCCAGACAGGGUCCGAAGCCGAGUCAUUCCAGCAGUAAGAAGAUCAAAGUGAGCAGCAGUGAAGACGGUGAGAACUCGGCAUUGGAUGAGGACACGCUGUCCCGGCUGGUGGAGGUUCUGAGCGUCCGAGACGUUCCCUGGAUGAAGCUAGCGGAGAAGCUGGGAAUGCUGACUCUGACCCACCUGUACGAGAAGAGUCCGACGCCGUGUCACCGGCUGCUGCAGCACUACAAGCUGGGUGGAGGUGCAGUCGAAGGUCUGGUUGAAGCUCUUCAGUCUCUCGGCCUGACAGAAGGAGUUCGACUGCUGAGGAACACCGAGCUCCGAGAUGACAAACACAGUUCAGACGCCACCGUUGACAGCGGCUUCAGCAGUCAGCCAAUGGAUGAGGAGGAGGAGCAGCCUGUGGCCAAUCAGUGACAAGCAAGGAGAAUUUUUGAACUGUACAUCAGACACAGGGACGAGUUUCUGUCAGUCUGUGCUGCGUUGAAGAGCCACAGGAAGUUCAGUUUUCACCCCGAAGAGCUCGUGUUUAGGUUUUACUUCAGAGCUGCAACACCAAACUUUUCUAAAUUUGACUUCAUUCGUCUUUUUUCAGCUUUUUGUAUUAAUUUAUGCAUUUUUCUUCUUUCAGUGUUUUAUUGUCAACAUCUGAAUAAUCUGAAUGUGAAACUGGAAUUUACAAUUUUCUGACAGGUCUGAAAAGCGCCCACCUGUCCACACCUGUCCACACCUGUCCACACUUUUUGACUAACUGGGUUUGUUCUGCGACUUUUGAACAUUUUUUUUCUCUUUGAGCCUCUCGAAGUAAAACUGAGCAGCUUCCACAUGUUCACGGUUUCAUGUUUAUUGAUGAGGAUCAAUCAAUCAAUCGGUCUCCGUUAUUUUGAGAAGUUUAAAGCCAUCAGCAGGAGAAUGUUUUACUAACACGAUUGAAGUAAUGAAAAUGGGGUUUGUAAUGGGAGGAGACGAGGGACGGAGGGUUUGGUUUCACGAUGGACUGACAUCAUGUGACAAAGUGUAAAUAAAAUAAAAGGACUCAUGUCUGCAUAU